UAAUUUUUCAUUUUCCCUUCCGUUUGUGUUUUAGCUUUGUGAUACUGCUGCACCAAAAAUAAAUAAUUGGAUACUGUUCUUUCUAUAUGUACACAGACAGUGGGGAUAUAAAUUAACUUCAUCGAAGUUCAUCAAAUAAUGGGGAAAGGGUGAGUUGGAUUGUGCGCCUGAACUGAAGCAAAAGUUCCAGACAGACAGGGAUGAGAAGGACUCUAAAGACAUCAAAGAGCUAUUUUACAAGAGAGCUGGUGUUCACCUUGAGAAUGCAAUGGCGAGGGGAAUCUUGGAGGACUACUAGAGGAUAUUUAUUGUCAUGUGACAUACUGACAUGACAUCUCAAACCACAAUUAUGGGGCCAAGCUAGAACCGUGCCAAAGUCCUCCUAACUAAACAGCUAGUCUCGUGUCAAAGUGAAACAACCUCCGGCACUUGAAUCUUCUCUUGUGCUGCUUCUUUAUUCAAAGUGAAACAAACAUAAUCUUUUUCAUCUAUCCCCCGCACUAAUGGUUUCUCCUCAUCAGGAUCCCAAUCCCCUCCUCACUCCUUACAAGAUGGGCAAUUUCAAUCUCUCUCACAGAAUUGUAUUGGCCCCGUUGAACCGAAUGAGAUCCUACAACAAUGUUCCUCAACCCCAUGCUCUCCUCUAUUACUCUCAGAGAGCUUCCAAAGGAGGUCUUCUCAUCACUGGAGCCACUGGUGUCUCUGACACUGCUCAAGGGUAUCCAAACACGCACGGCAUAUGGACAAAGGAGCAAGUUGAAGCAUGGAAACCCAUUGUUGAUGCUGUUCAUGCAAAAGGUGCUAUCUUCUUUUGCCAGAUUUGGCAUGUUGGAAGGGUUUCAAAUUCAGGUCAGGAGAUAUGGAGCAGUCAUCACAACACACACAGCCACAGUCAACACCACCAACACAGUCAGCAGGAUCGACUGGCAGCGUUGUCGUUAACAUACAAGAAGAUCCAGUUCAACCAGCUGCAGGAGAUCCCGCAACCCAAACUGUUUCCACUGGCCCAACACCAACCCCAACUGCUGCCCGUGGGACUUCAGAGCCAGUAGUGCAUGGCAUUGGGCAACCUAGCAACAUUCCCACUGAGAUGAUACCAGAUCAUGUUCCACCACCAUCCUCUUCUGGAGAAGGACUUGCUGGAAACCCAUGAAGAGUGGAGAUUAUGAUGUUUAUUAGGCUUAGUUCAUGUUUAUUUCAAAUAAAAAGUUUAGUUAUGUUGCAUUUUAGGUUUGCAUUUGCAUGAGCCCAUGUGGCCUUAUUUUAUUGCUUAGUUAUGUUAGGAAUUUGCAUUAUAAAUUUACUAGUGUGAUGGCCCGUGCGUUGCACGAAAAUUUUAGGUUGUUCAUUUUUUUUUUAUAUAUGAAUGAAUUAACUUAAAUUCAUUUAA